UCACUGUUCCCCCUUCACUGCUUCCACCUUUUCUUCACCAGCGUCAUCCAACCCACUGCCCACAUCAACUUUACCUUAACCUCUUAUCACAUGCUCCCCUCUUCUUCAUACCAGUUCUCAGCCUUAGCCAACUUCACUAAGGUCUCCUUAAGCUCUAGAAGUGCUCCAAGAGUGUAACCAAAAAGAUCCAUUUUUUCCCAGUUUGCACCUAUCUGCAAUCCAUGCCAAAAUCCAAGACCACAACCCAACUCUCCCUUCCCCUCGUUCUUCCCCUCCUCAUCACCUCUCUUCUCCACCACCCACAUUGCCUCAAUGCAGCCCAACAGCAGCCCAUCAAAUCCAUCGUAGUUCUCAUCUUGGAGAACCGCUCCUUCGACCACAUGCUCGGCUGGAUGAAGCAAUCCAUCAACCCGGCCAUCGACGGCCUCACCGGCAACGAAUGCAACCCGCAUUCCACCGCAUCCCCCAAUUCGGGGCGCGUCUGCGUCUCCGACGAUGCGCAGUUCGUCGAUCCCGAUCCCGGCCACUCCUUCGAGGACGUAAUGGAGCAGGUCUUCGGCUCCGGCACCACCCCCUCCAUGUCGGGAUUCGUCCAGCAGGCCCUCACCAUCUCCACCAACCUAUCCGACACCGUCAUGAAAGGGUUCAAGCCGGAGAGCGUGCCGGUCUUCGCCUCCUUGGUCCAAGAAUUCGCGGUGUUCGACCGGUGGUUCUCGUCGAUUCCCGGUCCGACGCAGCCCAACAGGCUGUUCGUCUACUCUGCUACAUCCCAUGGCGCGGUGAGGCAUGAUAAGUGGAAUCUGAUCCGAGGGUAUCCCCAAAAGACCAUCUUUGAUUCGCUUCAGGAGGAUGGAUUGGAUUUUAAUGUCUACUUUCAGAACAUUCCCACUACUCUGUUCUACAGGAAUUUGAGGAGAGUCAAGUAUGUUUCAAAAUUUCAUCUUUUCAAAGCCUUCAAGGAUCAUGCAAGGAAGGGGAAAUUGAGUAAUUUGAGUGUGAUCGAGCCGAGGUACUUCGAUCUGGUGGAGCUACCAGCCGACGAUGAUCAUCCUUCGCAUGAUGUUGCUAACGGGCAGAAACUGGUUAAGGAGGUCUAUGAGGCAUUGAGGUCCAGCCCGCAGUGGAAUGAGAGCCUCUUGAUCAUAUCUUAUGAUGAGCAUGGUGGGUUCUAUGAUCAUGCCACCACUCCUUACAGAGGUGUUCCGAAUCCUGAUGGAAUGAUGGGGCCUGAGCCAUUCUUCUUCGGGUUUGAUCGGCUGGGAGUUCGGAUUCCGACGAUCAUGGUCUCACCCUGGAUCAAGAAAGGAACAGUGGUAAACAGAGCAAAUGGACCAAGUGCAAGCUCAGAAUAUGAGCACUCUUCGAUACCUGCAACCAUAAAAAAAAUGUUCAACCUCACAUCAGAUUUCUUGACAAGGAGAGAUGCAUGGGCAGGGACGUUUGGGCACAUUGUAGGUGAAUUAUCAUCACCAAGGACAGAUUGCCCAGAAGUUCUGCCAGAUGUAACUCCUUUAAGACAAGCCAAAGCGAAGGAAGAUAACUGGCUUUCAGAGUUUCAGGGCGAGUUGGUUGAGUUGGCUGCUGUUCUAAAUGGUGACUAUUUCUUAAGCAGCUUCGGCCGUGAAAUGAGCAGGAAGAUGACCGUCAAGGAGGCAAGUGCAUAUGUAAACCAAGCUGUUUCAAGAUUCCUGCAAGCAAGCAAACAAGCCAUCAGGUUGGGUGCAGAUGAAUCAGCCAUUGUAAAUAUGAGGUCAUCUCUGACAUCCACCACUACAACCCCAUGAUCAGUACAAUCCAAUCUGAUCAUUGUCUCUUUCUCAUGCAUCUACACUAAAAUGAUUACCAUCAGCUCCUCAAGAUUGUCCUCUAACUCCACUCAAGGGAAAAGACAACUUUGAGAACCUUGUAGAUUAAUAGCCAGCAUGGUAUAGUAUAUUGUAGCUUAUAUGACCACCACAACAGCCUCAUAAAUAUCGGUAUGUUAUGAAUUGUGAUAUAAUGGUAACUUAACAUCAGUAUGUUGUGAAUUGUGAUAUAAAUUUGCGUACUUCUGGCGUGUAAGUUAAAAAUAAGGGCCCUAAUCCUAUGACCC